AUGCCUGGCCUUGGAAGUUGCGCCUGCGGCAAUGUAUCCUUCCAGUACUCUGGAGAACCAGCUCUGACAGCACUCUGCCACUGCAAAGGGUGCCAGAACUGGGGUGGCAGUGCAUUCUCAUCUAACGUGGGCGUUCCGACCACGGCGUUCUCCCUCACCAAGGGCGAGCCCAAGAGCUGGGUCCGAAAUGGAGACGUUUCUGGCAAGGAGAAUCGACACUUUUUCUGCGGGGACUGUGGAUCUAGUCUUUUCUCGCGACCAGUGGCUCUGGGAGAUAUCACAUUGAUCAAGAGCGGAUGUCUCGAAGAGACUAAUAUCCCGAUUGCGCUGGAGUUGUUUGUGACUAGACGCCGGGACUAUGUUGUGUCUGUUGCAGAUGCUAAGCAGGCACCUGAGAUGCCUUGA